AUGGCCGACCUAAAGUUCAUCAUGGACAUGGAUGACCAGGAGCCGGACCCGAGGAUGAAUAUAAGGAAUCAUGAAACACCCCCGGGCCCGAAUCGUGGGUCUCAUCCUUCCCGUUCGGCACCGACGAACCAAGAACACCAAGAUAGUAUAGCCUCAGCCUCACUAUCGAGACCCGUUGGCUCUUCUAGUCGGCCUCCAACAAGCUCCACUGCCGCCACACCAGCAUCGUCCAUCGCCUCGGAAACAGGUGGACCAUCACGCCGCGAGAGCACAGCCAGCACGGAAUCCAUGGAUCCCUCCGGCUAUGGUGGCCGUGGCCGAGGUGCCUCAUCGGGCCCCAUGAGGCCCAUGGGCAGUCCCUCGGUCGUCGAGCAGGCUGUCCGGCUAACUCCCAUCACUCGUCGCGUUAGUCGGGCGAAGAAGGGUGUGCCUGUGCACACUUGCGAAAUCUGUCGACCGCCUAAGACCUUUACCCGGGCGGAGCAUCUCAGGCGGCACAACCUCAGCCAUGAGAAUCCCCGAUAUCCAUGCAUGCACCCCGGGUGCGACAAGGUCUUUCAUCGUGAGGAUCUUCUCAACCGUCACAAGAUAAGACAUGACCAAGACGACAUGGCAUCGUCGCAGGGUGAUAGCACGAGUAGGCGGGCUUCAACCACGACUGCUGAUGAGCGAUACACUCAUAUGUCUCUCACACCAUCCACAAUGGCCGCUAACCCUAGCGACCAUGGGCACACGCCAAGCAUGUCGCCAAUGGGGCCUUACGGCCGGGAACCAUCGACCUCGUAUGGUGCUGGGCCCUAUGUCAACAGCGCUGGACAAGUGGCACCGCGAACUACGCCGCCACCGCAGCCACAGUCCAGACAACGAGCCGACUAUGAACGGCAGCAUCAGCACAUGUCGCCACAGAAUGCACCCUCUAGCUACACCAGCUCGAGGGGUCGUCAUGCGCGUCGGCCGAGCUCUAGGCAAGUGCCUGUCAUUCAACACCAGCCUCCGUCUAUUGGCAAUACCCCGACCACGCCGCAUCGUCGAGACUUUUCUAUUUUCUCAGAGGCACAGCCCUCGUCUUUCAAUUACAUGAAUCCCGAACUGGCCAUGUCAGGCCAGCCACUGCCGACCCUGACCAUACCGGAUACUGUGCCGACUUUGCUCGCGCCACAUGAUUCUCCCUGGGCAUCGUCGGCUUCGGAGAGCACCUUCUCCACGCCAUCCGAGGCUCACGCCCGGAGACCAAGGGCAAUGUCUCCACAGUAUCCGGACUGGCCUGGCACAUUUGUGUCAACUCUUACCCCACAGACAGCCACGUCUGGCGUUCAACCCACUGAACAUUUAGUCACCGUACCGAGUGCAGUUCCUGGCACAUUCUCGGUACUAGGCCUGGACGGUUCCAAGGAGUCGGCGCUCGUGGUUCCACCAUUCUGUCUGGGCAACCCCCACAUGACAGCUAUGGCAUUGCCACUCUCGAUACUGAGCUCCAUCCCUGGCUACCUCAAGAUAUACUGGGAACGCUUCGAUGUUCAAUUUCCGCUACUGCAUCGGGCAACGUUCGAGGCCUCGGGGGGAGAGCUCCUGCGUUGUGCCAUGGGUGCGAUUGCCACGCAAUUCAUGCCUGCCAAGGAGGACCACGUCAAGGGGAAACAGCUGCACGAGUUUGCAGUUCAAGAACUACGGCGGGCAAGUUACACUGGCGAACCAAUGGCUGUCGACAAUUAUGCGCGCGUACUGGAUAACCUUCCGACCAUGCAAGCAAUCUUACUUUGCGAGUACUACGCUCGCUUCCGCGGACGGAAAGUCGUGGUCAAUGCUUCCAGGGUGUUCCGUGAGGUAUACACCAGGGUCAUUCGUGAUCAGACCGCAGCGAAUGUUGCAUACGCACCUGUCAGCAUCGCCCCCAUAAGCCGCGCACAACGAUGGCAGCAGUGGGCAGACGCCGAGGCCCGUCGCAGACUUCAUGCCGCCUGCUUCCUCCUGGAUGUCAACACUUCCGUUCUCUAUGAGCAGCCACUACUCAAGCCAAUCACACCUACCUCUCCGCCGAUUCCUUUGACAGCGCAAACGUGUCAGCAGUGGGCGGCAUCAACGGCAGAUAGCUGGGAGCUGGCUACCGUCUCUGUGGAUAGCACUAUGCCGCGCGGAUUUUCCCCCUGUGUCGAUUCCGUUACCGCUGAUCAGCUUGCCGCCGCACCUGCUUUGGAUAUAGCUGUGUACCUAGCUGGCGAGGUGCUUCGUGUGUUGCCCCGGGGUGGCCGAGAAGAACUGAGCCAACCAGCCUAUGCCGACCUGGGUGCCUCUGGCGAAUUGCAGCGUCUGUUUUCCUGGUCGCCCAUGGCAAGCACUUACACAGCAUUGUCUUACACGCCUCUGCACGAUCUCCUUGCAGUCAGCGGGGACUCGUGGAUCUUCGCCACUAAAGUCCUCACAACGGAACAAUACCACAAACACAAGACGCGGCUUCAACUGUGGUGCCAGAGCCGGCAAGCCUGGACCGCUGCCAAAUUCGCCGCAAAGGCAUUAUGCUCGCUCCUAGCUCUCAGCAACGAUGAUACGCACACGGCGACUUCUCACGCUGUGAAGCACAGCCACGUGAUUAAUAAUAAUGUCUACCUCAACAACACGUCGGCGAUUACUGAGGACAGUCACCAAACCUCCCAGCGCUUGUCAGGCCAGUCACCCAGGCUUGCGCGUACCUUUGAGGGUGUCGUCAACUACAAGAUCUCCGACUACUGGGCUACAUAUGCGUGUGCGCUCAUCUGCUGGGCUGUUUGCCACGAGGCCGAGCGAACUGCAAUGACCACUUCGGUUUCGAGCCAUGCAAGAACCACGCAGGGACCAACCAACGCGCUUAGUCCAGUCGAUGAGCAGCAACCACAAAAAUGGCUACGUCAGGCAGCCAAGGCUUCCCCGGACGACCUGUUGUGCCUCCCCUCGGCCGGCGUGGCAUCCAGCAUUGUCGCUUUGGCUCGAUUACGUCUUCAGAACGAGGCUAUUGGUGGCACGAACGGGCUUCUCAAUGAUGCUCUCGACGUGUUGAUCAAUCAAGUGAGAGACUAUGUGCGCUCCCGUGCAUGGAACUGUGUUGCCUACUUUUCCCCCUUUUCACCCACUUAG